AUGACAGAAGAGAAGGAAAGAAAGGAUGUGCUAAUUUGUGGUGUGAAUGGAUUUACAGCACAGAAGCUACUUGAGUACAUAUUAGAGCAUAGAUCCGGAUUAUCUGUUGGUGUGACUUGUAGGAGCAAAGAAAAGCUAGAAAGAACAUUUCAUGACAUCUCUGUGAAAAAGGCAAACUCGGAUGCGCUUUCUCGGGUAUCUACGCACAUAACUGGUGUGGAUAACAUAGGAAAGUUAGCAAAAAUAUUUGAGGAGUACCGAGUAAUUAUAAACUGUAUAGGGCCAUUUGCAAUAACCGGACUAGGUAUAGUGGAGGCUGCGAUUAGAGCACACUCCCACUAUGUUGACUGCACCGGAGAGCCUGGGUUUAUAGAAGAGAGUAUGAAGAUGUUUGGAGAGAAAGCACAGAGUGAGGGCGUGAUUAUUGCGCAUGCGUGCGGGUUUGACUCUCUUCCUCUGGACAUAGGAGUUGUACAUACUAUGCAAGAGAUAAAGAAGAGAGAUGGCCGAGCAAAUAGCAUGGAAUCCUAUAUGCAUUUGGUAAAUAGCAGAAUCAACCUAGGAACAUUCAAAACAAUUAUAACAAGUCUAGACAACCUUAAAAAGCGAGGAAAUAAUAGUAAUAAACCAAGAAAGGAACUGGCAAGUAGGGAAGAAAAAAAAGAAAACUUGGUAAGCAAAAGACCAAAAGUAAAGAAAAUGCCAUUCUUUUGCUCAGAGAUAAAUAUGUAUGCAGCAAUCUUCCCAGGAUCUGAUUCCUAUGUUCUUAGAAAGACUAGCAGUCUUCUUGGAGGGAUAUAUCCAAUGUGCCACUGCUACAUCGCGGUUGGUUCAUUUAUUGGGAUGAUUUAUCUUGUGUUUCUUUCUGUUCUUAUUGGUAUUAUUUACCUUCUGCCGGGGGCAUUGCGGUCAAUUGCUUAUGACUACAUAGAUAUUCUGAGCUGCGGUGCUGUGCGGACAGAAGGCCCAACCGUGCAGGAAAUUCUAUGCUCCGGGUUUAAAACACAGAUAUUCACGCAAGGCGUUGAUAAAAACAAUAAUAAUGUAACGUAUAAAACAGUAGUUUCUGGGCCAGACCCUGGCUACAUAACCACCCCAAUUGCUCUUCUAGUAUCUGCAGAGACCAUUUUGAGCAACCAAGAGUCUCUGCGGGAUAAAAAAGGAGUUCUUACGCCAGGUGCCUUGUUUGUAGAAUCUGAUAUCGUUCAGAGACUAACAAAAGAACAAAUUGUUUUUUGUAUGGAUGCCUGUGAUAAUUUUUAAUUCAUUUUAGUAAUAUCUAUA